CUACAGGUCCUACCUGGUUCAGCGCUUCCAUCCCCAUAGGUUCUCAUCCAGAUACUGCCAUAACCUUGUGGAGGAAUAGGAGGAUAUGUUCUUAUACGUGAUAGGAUUGUGAUGAAUGUGUAGAAUGGAAAGAUAACUUGGGUUUUUACUCCUGUAACAACUGAAAUAACAAGUCUUGAUACAGAGAAUAUAGAUGACAUUUUAAGAAAUGCUGAUGUUGCUUUAGUAAAUUUUUAUGCUGACUGACCCCACCCACCUAUCCCAGAUGGGAGAGAUUUAAGAAUGCUAAAAGAGGAAAGAGCCACUUGAAAGCAAGAGAUUGAAGAUACAGAUUUGUCUCCUUGAUAUAUUCUAGGACAUCUCCUUAGGAAGUCAGGUGUCGUUUCAGCCAGAUGUUGCAUCCAAUUUUUGAGGAAGCUUCCAAUGUGAUUAAGGAAGAAUAUCCAAGUGAAAAUCAAGUAGUGUUUGCCAGAGUUGAUUGUGAUCAGCACUCUGAAAUAGCCCAGAGAUAUAGGAUAAGCAAAUACCCAACCCUCAAAUUGUUUCGUAAUGGGAUGAUGAUGAAGAGAGAGUACAGGGGUCAGCGGUCAGUGAAAGCACUUGCAGAUUACAUCAGGCAACAAAAAAGUGACCCCGUUCAAGAACUGCAUGACUUAGUAGAAAUCACCACUCUUGAUCGCAGCAAAAGAAAUAUUAUUGGCUAUUUUGAGCAAAUGGAUUCAGAACACUAUAGAGUUUUUCAAAAAGUAGCGAAUAUUUUGCACGAUGAUUGUGCCUUCUUUUCUGCAUUUGGGACUGUUUCAAAACCAGAAAGAUACAGUGGAGACAGUAUAAUCUACAAACCACCAGGGCAUUCUGCUCCAGAUAUGGUAUACUUGGGCUCUAUGACAAACUUUGAUGGGAUUUACAAUUGGAUUCAAGAUAAAUGCGUUCCUCUUGUUCGAGAAAUAACAUUUGAAAAUGGAGAGGAAUUGACAGAAGAAGGACUGCCUUUUCUAAUACUCUUCCACAUGAAAGAAGAUACAGAAAGUUUAGAAAUAUUCCAGAAUGAAGUAGCCCGACAGUUAAUAAGUGAAAAAGGUGCAAUAAACUUCUUACACGCGGACUGUGACAAAUUUAGACAUCCUCUUCUGCACAUACAGAAAACCCCAGCAGAUUGCCCCGUAAUAGCUAUUGACAGUUUUCGGCAUAUGUAUGUGUUUGAAAACUUCAAGGAUAUAUUAAUUCCUGGAAGACUCAAGCAGUUUGUGUUUGACUUACAUUCUGGAAAACUUCACAGAGAAUUCCAUCACGGUCCUGACCCAACUGACACAGCCCAAGGACAGGACGCCCAGGAUGUAGCAAGUAGUCCCCCCGAGAGCUCUUUCCAGAAACUAGCACCCAGCGAAUAUAGGUAUACUUUAUUGAGAGAUCGAGAUGAGCUUUAAAAACUUGAAAAACAAUUUGAAAGCCUUUCAAACAGCAGCAUCAACGUGGUGGAAAUAGUAAACCUAUAUUUUCAUAAUUCUAUGUGUAUUUUUAUUUUGAAUAAACUGAAAGAAGUUUUGGGUUUUUAA